GAAAAAAAAAUAAGAAUUAAAACGAUUAGAAUGGUGAAAAGAUAACAAUAGGAUACCUAAAUAAUAAAAUUAUCUUUAAUUUUUGGUAUCAAUAUGGGACGACAUCUAAGAAUAUCACAAGAAGAGUUCAGAAGUUAGCCCUACUUCAUAUUCUAAUCAGAAGCAGCCAAUAUUGCUCUUAUUCUGAGACCUCUGUCAGAAUUUAUUAAAUUUUACUUUAGAGAGAUAUUUAAUAAUAGAAAGAUUCUUAAGCAAUAAUGAGAUUUUAUAAGCAAAUUACCUGAGUGUCGAUAAAAUAACAGACACUCUUCAAAUCGAUAGGAGACAAGUGAAUAUAAUAAAGUAACUAAGAUGAACUUUUUCUUAGGUUUUAAAACAGG